AUGCUCGCGCAGAAGAUAAUCGAGACCGUCUCCGGGUACAUCCGACUAGAGGACUUCACGCGUUCAGCAAGCGCAAACGUCUCAAGCAACGACGCAAAAUACGCUUCAUCUACAGUCCUCGCUGUUCGCGAUGCCUGCAACCCAGAAAGCCAGAAACACAUUAAACUGGACAUUUCUUCUUUCGUGCUGAUAUGUGGAUCCGAUGGCGUUAACGAAGACGGUGGAGUACAAUUCGUCAGAGAACUCGUAGAAGCAGCACGAGUCGCGGCUCCAGGUCAGGCGUGUUCGAGCGUGCUAGCUGGUCAUGCGAGUGAGAGUGAUGAAUACGCGGAUAUUGGACUGGUGUUCAGCUCAGGAACCUUGAAUAUCGAUCCCCCAUCAGAGGACCUGGAGAAGGACGCACGGGCUGUGUUAUCUAGUCUAGGUCUCGAUGCGUCGGUUUCCGCACAGAUAACUCCCCUCUCCCUAUUGGACAAGACAAAACUCCCAAUUGCCUUCAAUGUUUCUGCACAGACCCCAGAUGUCCAGCGGAUCGCCUUACUUCUCUCCCGACUAUCACAUCGCUUUGCAUUCAGUGUAUCUCUCAACGAGACUGUAUUCCAUUUCCUCCUCGGUCAGCUGCCCGAUAGCGAUUCCUGGUUAGGCCUUUUGGGGUUGGGAACCACGUCUGACUGA